UAAAAUGUCGAUUUUUCUCUCUCUAUUUGAAGGUUUAUAAUCCCUCUGAUUGGAAGCAAAAGGUUACCGUUUUGGAAGAAAUUGUACAAGAGCAUCAGCUUUACCUGGACAAUUUGGAGAAAUUCCAAAACUGGCUACAAUUAAUGAAAGAGAAGUAUAACAGUUGCAUCUCACACAAGAACAGCAAAGAUCAUGUGGACGGAUCACUGAAGGAACUGAGGGAGUUGAGCGAUGCAGUCGUCAGUAGGGAAGGAGAGCUCGACAAUCUGAAGACCCAGGCUGAAGCUGUAAUAAAGAACACAUCUCCCAAGGGUGCUGAGGAUAUCAACAGAAACCUGGAACAACUGAGGACAGACUGGGAGAACCUGAGACUGAAGUGUCAGCAGGAUCAGGGCCCAUUGCAACAUGCACUGCAGUCCGUGCUGGAACACCAGUCCAGGGCUCAGCAGCUGGAGAGAGAAGUGGUUGAGUUAUUGGACCGAUUACAGAUCCUGGAUCUAGAACCUCCAGAUGAGAAUGAACCUGAAAUUGUGUGGCGUAACUGUCUGCUCACCAGAUCUUCAAUUUUAGCAGAGGAAUCGAGAGUGGAAGAACUUCAUCUGAAACUGAAGGACCUUGGCAAAUUCUCGCAGAAUGAAAAACUCUCUGCUAAGGUCCUGGAUGUCAUUCGAGAAUACAACAGAGUGAAAGGGAAGAUAAUCAAGAGGUGCAGCCAGUUAAUGGAGAAUCUUCGUCAGGGCUUUCAGGAGCUGCUGAAAGAGUUUGAGCAAUGGAGGAACAGCACCAGGAAUCUGCUGGACUCUUCCCUGGACACCAAUGAUGAAAUGCUGACCAGACUUUAUCUGCAGCACAUUGAGGACUAUUUAGCUUCCAGCAGUGAGCUGCAGGUCCAAUUUGACAGAUUUCGGGGACUUGAGGGGAUGAUGAACAACAUUUUCAGUAGCGAGCAAACGGCAGCAUUCGGGGCUGAGCUGAGGGAAGCUUUGUGGCAGCGAGAAUUCUUCACUGAUCUCCUGAUAAAGAGAAGGGGGCAGAUACAGGAAAUGAGGCAGCCGAGGUGUACACCACAGAAUGACGGAGAGAGAAGGGACCCGGAGAACGUGCAGAAAAUCACAAGGCAAAAGAAACAUCAGGGAGCCAACUUAAGAAGUCGAACAGUGAAUAAUCAAGAUCUUGCUAGUCACAAGCUGUUGAUGCAGAAGUUUGAAGAUUGGCUAAAAAGUCAAGAUCAGAAACUGGCAAAUAUUUUGGCUGCCAACAAUGCCAGGAGCAGCAGGGAGAUGAAAAGAAGGAAACAAGGUUUGAAGGUGCUGAACUGUCAUGUCCCUCGUGGUCAGAAGAUUUUUGAAGAGCUGAUAAGUGCCAAGUGUGCCGGAGUGAAUGAAGAAGAGAAACAGCUGGAAGAUUUGCGAUAUCGAUGGAUAUUGUACAAAACAAAGCUAAGCGAGGCAGGAGAGCUCCUGAUUCAAGGCCAGGAUGAAGUUGAUGAAUUUGGAAAGACUUCAGGAGGGAUCUGCCACUAUCUGUCUCGUGCCUGCUGUGCAGCACUCCCUCUCCAGUUGCUCCUGCUCCUUCUGUUGCUGCUCGCCUUCCUACUGCCUCUCAUCGAGGAACAGGACAGCUGCAGUGUGGUCAACAAUUUUGCACGUUCUUUCUACCUGACGCUACGAUAUCAGGGUCCACCUCCAACAUAAUCAGACACAUUCUCAUUUUUCACAGCAUAUCCAAUGCAACCAACUCCCUGAUCUCGCUCUGAACUGUAUCAAAUAUUUGUCAGCCUGUAAUGUUUUGGCACUAACUGGUGGCCAUUUCACCAGAGAUGCUGCAAGAUUCGCUUCAUUCUCUUAUCCUCUUAAAUGUAACAACAGCAGUAUUCAUCUUUUAUUUUGCUACCUGACAGAAUGUGGCAGAAAUUGUUUUUUUUUGAAAGUGUUAAAGCAGUGAGAUAAUGAGAUCUGCUUGAGGUUAAAGUUCAUUUAUGUUAUUUAGCAGGCAUUUCUCGCAUAACAACAAUGGGCCAUUUUAUAAACAAUUUUUAAAAUGUAUAAGCUAAAAAUAAUUUAUUAGGAGGAAUGGUUAACCAUUUUUAAGUUUAAGGCUAAUAUUUGUGAUUCUGACCCUCAUCUUGCAUUGAGACAAUGAGACCCAAUUUUUAUUUGUAGAAUUCUGAGGGGUGUAUCUUUUGUGACAGGCCAGUUUGUGAGAUUGUUUUAUCAAUGGGCGAAAACUCGUCUAUAUCUGUCAAAGUUACCCAUGUGUGAAGUUUUCUUAACUGCAGAGCAGUUGUGAUAAUUAGAAAUUACUGAGAUGAAGGCAAAGUUCUGUUAUAAAUGUUAUUCUUAAUUGUAUAAUUAAUGUUUGACCACCUUAUUGUUGUCACUUCCAUAGAUUUUGUUAAGACAAAGUUACUUAGAACACCAAGUGUGUCAUAUCACUGUCUUGCAGCAGGAGAAGUGACUGUUCAGCCUUUCAUAUUUGGGUAAAAGUUUGAAAGAGCUUUCCAAUCAGUUCCAUUCUCCUGAAAUUCUUCAUUCCCAGUUUUUCUGUAUAUAUCUUGUUCCCUUUGUUUAUAAGUUAUUGAAUCUGCUCCCACUCCUCUCUCUCAAGCAGAGCAUUUAAAAAAAACAAAAGAAUUAAGUGGGAGUCAAAGGAAUUAUCAAUUAACUGGAAUACAUUGCCUAAAAGGGUGGUCAAAAUAGAUUCAGUAACUUGCAAUAGAAUUGAAUUUACAUUGAGGUGAAAAUGUUGCAGGGCUACAGGGAAGGAGUUGAAAAAUAGGACUGAUGGGGAUCUUCUUGAAUAGAAAAAGUCAAAGUCAAAAGUAGUUUUAUUGUCAUAUGCACAAGUGCAAUGUAAAACGUUACUUGCAGCAGCAUCACUGGCACAUAUCAGACUUGGACUGUAACAUUUUUAUCUUAACAUUUCUGCUCUAUGGUUACUGAACUUCCUGGAAAUGUUUUCUUAUUUACUAUUUGUGAAUUAAUAGAUAAUCAAAAUUAUAGGUAAUCAUUCCCUACUCAUAAGAGAAUAACCCAACUUUCUCCAUGUGACUGAAGUCUCUCAUUCCUGGGACACAGGAACAAGUGUGGAAAAUCCACCAUUCAGUAAGAUCGCUGCUGAUUUGAUUUUUCCACCCCCUUUCCUCAUAACCUCCAGUUUUGAAUUGCAGAGGAAUUGGUCUCGGUGUGAAUACAUUCAGCAUCCACUGCUUUUUAACAUGGAACUUAGAACAGUACAGCAUGGGAACAGGCCCUUUAGCCCACCGUGUCUGCACUGAACACAAUGCUGAAUUAAACUAAUUCUCUUUUUUCUGUAUACAAUCCAUAUCCUUCCAUUCCCUGUGUAUUCAUGUGUCUAUCUAAGAGCCUCUUAAACACCACUAUCAUAUCUGCUUCCACCACCACCUCUGGCAGCCUGUGUCAGUCAUCCACCACUCUCUGUAUGAAAAAUCUUGCCCUGCACAUCUCCUUUUAAACUUUCCCCCUCUCACCUUAAAUGCAUGUCCACUAGUACUUGACAGUUCUACCCUGGAAAAAGAUUCUGACUGUCAACCCUAUUUAUGCCUGUCAUUAUAAACUUCUAUCAGGUCUCUCCUCAGCCUCCACCGAUCCAAAGAAAACAACCCAAGUUUAGCCAACCUCUCUUUAUAGCUCAUAUCCUCUAAACCAGGCACCAUCCUGGUAAAUCUAUUCAGCACCCUUUCCAAAGCUUCGCCAUCCUUCCUGAAAUGGGGCGACCAGAAUUGAACACAAUACUCCAAGUGUGGCCUAACCAAAGUUUUAUGUAGCUGCAACAUAGAGUUGUACAGCAUAGAAAAGGGCCCUUCAGCCCAUAUGUGUCCAUGCCGACCAAGAUGUAUAUUCCUGCUAAUCUCACUUCCCAGCACUUGGCCCAUAUCUCUCUGAACUCUUGUUGUCCAUAUAUCUGUCCACCACAUACUUAAAUAUAUAAUGUACCUGCCUCACCCACUUCCUCUGGCAGCUGGUUCCAUGUAUCUACCAACUGUGUGUGUGUGUGUACAUAUAUCUAUAUAAAAAUAAAUUUAAAAAAAGUU